AUCGAAGUCUCGCAAGAUGGGUUUUAGUGUUUCUGCAGCCAAUAAUAAUACGCGACGGCUCCGACCAGUCACGCCCACUGCCAGUGACGCUUCCAUUUCAGUACAGGAAACAGAACGCUGUGGUUUGUUUACGCUGAGGAACAUUGUAGCGGCCGAUGGUGGAUUUACAAUGUUGCGUCUCCUGCUGUUUAGACUAUUUAGGUUGCAUUGAAGUUUUUUUUGGCUAAUAAUAGUUUAUGUAUCUUCUGUUCGUUUACACGGAUUUCCAGGACAAAGACUACUUUCUGUUUAUGAACUCAAAUAGAGUGCAAUUGCCAGCUGUAGCUAUAGUGAAGUCGAACUUGUCAACAUAAUUAUUUACUUAGAAAACACCAGAAGAAUUGCUCCAAAAUAUUUGAAUGUGACUUUUCCAAUCUAACUAAAAACCAGUGAAGAUGGACGUCAGUGUCUCCGUGUCGUUCUUUCAAGACGAGCUCGCCUCUACCAUCGAGCACGCAGUGAAAGCGGCUGUAGACACCGUCUUGUGCCAAAUCACAAAAGUUGUCGGCGGCAAAUUCACUGAAUUCCGAAUGGAAAUGGCUGGAAAGGAGAAAGAGAAUGAAAGUCUGAAGCUGAGAUUGGAAAUAUCAGAGAGCGAGUUGAAAGCAGUGCGGGAAUGCAUGAACGCUGCAGAUGCAGACAUUAAACAACCUCUCAGAAACAUGAACCCCGACUGCAAUGAACAAGACUUUCAGAGGAAUGAGAACCAGGGAUUAUUCAUCAGAGUUCAAGGUACUGAAGAGAGACACUCUUUCAUUGAAGCAAAGGAGGGGCCAGUGAUGGAAGCUGUUUACUCAGAAGACAACAUCUUUGAUCAGGAGUGGUGUGGAUGUCUCAUGGAGAUUAAAGAGAUGACAAGUGCUGAAGGUGUAGAGGUCCCUGAACUUGAAUCUGUCCACAUUAAAGAGGAGGCCCCAGAACUGGACUGUGUUCACAUCACAGAGGAAGUUUUGAAAAAAAAUAAAGUAAAUUCACUAGAGAAUAUAGUUAAGAUGGAAUCUAGCCAUUGUGAAGAUUAUCCUCCUGAACAGAUCUGCAUGAAACCCAAUCAGCCUGUCUCUGAAGACACUGGUUCUAGUGUUGGAGAAGAGGGCACUGUGCUGGGGUCCAUUCAGAGGAAACAUCACCCCCCUCAGGAAAGAGCUGCAGAUGGAAAGGAGGAAGGAGCGAUGCCGUCCACGAGCAGCACAGCAUCUUCUAAAGUAGAUGAAGGAGAACACGACUCCACUCCAUCACCCCGCUGCAAAAACUCUUCCAGUGUCAAACCACAGUGCAGGAAACACAGAGAGACGACACCACAAGAAGAACAUUUAAAAACAUUGAGAUUACUGAAGAGUACUGAGACUGCACAUUCUGUGUGUGUGAACAAUUCUGAAACCCGGGGCAACUUGAAGACCUUGUCUUGUUCUACUGAAGAUGGGAAGAGUUCCUGGCAAUUAGGCUGUCGUAAAACUUACAAGCGAAAUUGCACAGGAGGGACUCCAUUUCCCUGCACAUAUUGUGGAAAGUUUUUCAGGUAUUUAUCAAAGCUUAAAAGUCACCAACUAAUUCACACAGGAGAGAAACCUUACCACUGUAAUGCAUGUGAGAAGAGUUUCAAUCAGUUACAAAAUCUUAAAACACACCAGCGAAUUCACACAGGAGAAAAACCAUACCACUGUAAUGAAUGUGAGAAGAGUUUCAAUCAGUUGCAAAAUCUUAAAAAACACCAACAAAUUCACACAGGAGAGAAACGUUACCACUGUAAUGAAUGUGAGAAGAGUUUCAAUCAGUUACAAAAUCUUAAAAGUCACCAUCGAAUUCACACAGGAGAAAAACCUUACCACUGUAAUGAAUGUGAGAAGAGUUUCAAUCAGUUACAAAAUCUUAAAAAACACCAACGAAUUCACAGAGGACCACUGAAAUGAAUGUGGGGGGGGAGUGUCACUUGAACAGACAAUCUUACAACACAUUCACAUAGGAGCUUGAUUUUGGUGUUUGAUAGAGUACAUCCAGAUUUUCCUGUGUACCGUUUCUCAAGCAAAACUUAUCUGAAGCAGAGGAGAGGAGCAGCAACUGGCUGUGGUUGAGACGGAAAGAUUCUGGCUGGGGAUCUCAAGCACAAUAGAAAGAAAGAAACGCUGAUGUACAGGUAAGUAAGCUGGGUUGAGUUGAGUGGGGGACGGAGGGGGGUGAUGCUGGGACGCCAGAAUCACCGUCGAGCCCUCUUGAGGUGUCGUGGGCUAGUCGACGUAACACCGAGGAUGGAAGGUGCCCACUUGAAGACCCCAGAGAUGUACCCUACUUAGUUCAAUCCAGACGGCUGUCAUGCUGAUGCGCUGGGGAGACCACACUGUGGUUGAUCCCCGGAGCCAGCAUCGCAGCCGUUGUGUGUGCUGAUGCGCCAGGGAGGCAAAAUAAGCUGAUCCCUGGAGCCAGCAUUACACUUCAGCCAUCAACACCAGACAGAAGGAUAUCUACAUCAUCAUAUGGAAGGAAACACAAAUGGAUGGAGACACAGAUGGAUCACAUUAGUUUACUGUAAAGCUGCGUCUUAGUUGGUGCUUAUCUUGGCGAGAGCCGAGUUCAAAUCACCAUGAAGUUUUAACAUCUACUCUCGUGUAAUGGAAAUCAGUAAUCUUGAUACUUCUCACUUGCAAAAGCAAAACAAAGGAAGAAAACACAGGAGUCUACAUAAAGUACAGCAUUUUAAAUGGCACACAAUUAUGCUGAGAUGGGAAGUACAUGGUAACGUGACAAACUUUUACAGUCAAGACUGUUUUGGAUUAUUUAUAAUGACUUUGAUGGAUAGAAAGUGAAUAUGUAUGUUUAUAAAAAUAUUCUCAAAUACUGUCUUUUGAUUCUGUGCACCCAAAGACUUGUAAUUAAAAGUUUUAAAAUUACUGUUUGGUAUUCCGUCCUCAACCAGGAGUGUGUCAGUUCCAAACUGUUGUGACGUAAAUCAUAUAUUAAAUAAACAAGAAAGAAAUGAAAUUGCUUGAUCAGAUUAUCCAGAUUAUUGCAAAUGUGGUACCAUUCAGUUGAGUGGAAAUUGUAAAGGAGUACUUGAGCUGAAACGUUCAGACAGAAGAGGUACAGUUCAAAAAAAAGGUUGAAAAUCAAUUACUUAACUAAUAAAGGCCCUAUGCAUAUCUGGUUAUUGAUAUCUCACAGUAACACCUUGACUGGAGCACACUGAACAAAAGGUAUUCUAUGCAGGGAGAUCAAAAGAGCAUGUAUGCAAUCCCCUUUUAGGCUUGGAACAAUUAAUUAUUAUUUGUUUAUUUAGCAGACACCUUUAUCCAAGGUGACUUACAGAGACUAGGGUGUGUGAACUAUGCAUCAGCUGCAGAGUCACUUACAACUACGUCUUUUCUUUUCUUUAACCACUGGACCACACAGCCUCCUAAUGCUUACAAGAAAAGACAAAGAGAGCUAAACAUUAGGACUGUUUUAACAUCAUCUUGAUUAAAGUUGAGCGUAGUGGAGGUUGGCUGGUGUGAGCUGGUGCUUAGGAGAGUUUUGUGCUUCAUUGACAGCAGUGACUCAGCCUGAAACCACAAGGUGUGUUUAUUUGAAAGUGUUCGUAUUGUUUUGUUUAACCUUGUGACAGGGCUAGGAGCCCUGCUCAUGAAAAAGGGGCGGGGCAAAGCCAUGCCAUAAAUGUACUAUUUAUUUUUAGAACAUGGUACCCCUCUGCCCCUGUGCAAUUUAUUAUUUUGUAUUUGUUUUGUUGUAUUAUUAUUAUUAUUAUUAUUAUUAUUAUUAUUAUUAUUAGUCGUUAUUGUUUUGGUUUAUUUAUAAAUAUGAUGGUGGAGUCGUGUUUUGCUAUUGUUUUGUAUUGUUUGGCAGAGUGGAUGGGAAGCCCCAUCCACAUUAAAAACCCUUGUGCACAAGGUGACCAUCUCCCGAGUUAAUUAAUUGUUUAAUUGUUGCUAAUCGGCAGAUGGUCACCUGCAUAUAAGCCUGCAGCUCUCUGCACUCGGGGUGGGUGUUCGGAAGUGGAGAAAGAGAGCGACAGAAACAAAACUAAAAUAAAUCUAGGAACAGUGGAGGCGAUUUGCCCCGCCUGACCUGGAAUAGUUAUUAUCUUGUUCGUGAUUAUUUUGUUUAAACUUUUAUUGUGUGCUGUGAGCAGUGUUUUUUUUUUUUGUUAAAAAAACUUUUAUUUUUGUUAUUUAAAUAAACGUUUUUUGCCCUGCAGUACUUGCCUUUGUUUUCCUUCCUGCUUCUGCCCUGAUGUCACCCCUACAUCCAUCCCGUCACAAACCUGUUUACACUUUCUGCCUCUGGGUCUGCUUCCUGGCACCACGCGUGGUAAGGACAGCAUCACUCUCUGUCUGUUACUGUCACAAAGUAGAGCCAGAGGCACAAGCUGCAGGUUCGAACGCCAUUACACACAUUAAAUCAGACAAUUAACAAACAAAAGACACAAACAAUCAAACACAGGAACUAACAAAUAGGCGCAGUGGCCAAAAUAAACAGGUUAAACAAUACAAACAUUUUCAAUU